AUGUCCACACGCACCACCAGCACCCAAACCACGGGCGGCGCCAGCAGCAACAGCAACAGCAACAGCAACGCCUCCACCUCCGCCGCCGCCCCCUCCCGGCCCACCAUCACCGCCGACACCGCCUCCGUCGAACAACUCGAAAUCGCCAAAGAACGCAUCAACGAUCUCCACUGGCGCCGCGCCUGGACCUUCGCCGACAAAGACAUCGACUACCUGAUCGCCUUCAACAAAACCCCGGCCCACGCCGCCCUCAAAUCCCGUCUCGAAGCCCACCUCACCGCCAGCCCCAACGCUCCCACGGGUAACAACUCCUCGGGAGGAAGUAACACCUUCCAAUUCCGCCUGGGCAGCGCCACCCGCGUCCCGGAUACUCUCAAGGGUGAAUUCGAAGUCCCCAAGGAGUUGACCAGUGUCGAGGCGGGGAAGAUCAACGCGACGUAUAUGAAGGUGUUGGAGGAACGGUUUCGGUUCAAGAGUGUGUUGAUUGAGAUGGCGGGGGGGAAGCAUCGGACGGCGUAUAUGCCCGAGAUGCCGCCGGCUAGUGGUCCGUCGGGGGCGCCGAGGCUGGCGCAGCAGGGUCCGGUCGGUCAGCCUAGGGCGCCGCAGUCGCAGCAGCAGUCGCCGGCUCCGCAGGGGCAGCAGCGCCAGGGGAAGGAUGCGGCUACGAAUACUUCGGCUCGUUAA